AUGGUUUCUGAACAAUCGCCUGCUCCUGAGACAGCCGGUGUUAAUAUGGAUGCCCAGCAGGAAAAGGGCAAUGUGCUCGACAGCAGCACUCAGUCUGAUGAAUCCCACUCUGAAGAGUCGAACACUAACGAAAGCGAGAGCCUUCCGGGAUGGAAGAUAUUCGUCAUUUGGCUGGCCAUUGCACUUGGUGUUUUGUGUACUUUCCUCGAUGAAGGCAUUAUUGCGACAGCCAUUCCGCGCAUCACUGAUGAGUUUGGAUCUCUCACAGACGUUGGUUGGUACGGCUCAGCAUAUCAAAUGACUCUUUGCGCAUUCCAACUCAUCUUCGGGCGCCUGUACAACCAGUUCAAUGUCAAGAUUAUUUUCGUGAUCUCUCUCGUCAUCUUCGAAAUUGGGUCCCUCAUAUGCGCAGUGAGCCCGAGCUCAGCAGCUUUCAUCGUCGGACGCGCUGUCGCCGGCCUCGGUGCAUCUGGCCUCCAAAGCGGCUGCUUGGUACUCAUCUCAGCAGCCCUUCCUGCAAAACAUCUGCCGAUGUACGUAGGUGCCAUAGGUAUGGUCUAUGGUGUUGCAGCUGUUCUCGGGCCGGUGGUAGGCGGCGUUAUCACGAACAGCUACCUCACGUGGAGAUGGUGUUUCUACAUCAACCUUCCAAUCGCCGCACCACCUGCUCUCGCGACGUUGUUUCUGGUCAAGUCGUCCCCACCAACCGAGGAGCAGCGGCGGCCUUGGCUGCAGAAAAUCCGGGGCUUGGAUUAUCUUGGCAUGCUCCUCUUACUGCCAGGGAUCACCUCAUUUCUCCUGGCCCUCCAAUUCGGAGGCGCGCUUUUCGCGUGGGAUGACAAACGAACCAUUGCAUGCUUUGUCGUCGCCGGUGUCCUCGUCAUCGGCUUCGUGGCCGAACAGUGGUGGAUGGGCGAAAAGGCGCUGGUGCCGCCGCGCCUAGCUAAGACGCGUGUGAUUAUCUUUGGGGCCUUUUUCGGUUUUUGCUUGGACAGUGCCUUUUUUACUCUCGUUUACUACGUGCCUCUCUGGUUUCAAGCCAUUCAGGGUGCCACGCCUGAGGAGUCUGGUGUUCGAUACCUGGCCUUGUGUCUAGCAUUUAUCCUCACCAUUCUCCUCAGCGGCUGGGGUGUCACAAAGACGGGUUAUUACCAGCCUUUCAUGCUCGCUGGUACCAUUCUUGUCUCUGUUGGCGCCGGUCUUCUCUCGACGCUCAAGGUAUCUUCAGGCGCGAACCUCUGGAUUCCCUUUCAAGUCAUCGCCGGGCUUGGUAUUGGGGCAUCGACACAGCAAGCAGCGGUAGCUGUCCAGAGCAGUCUGGAAGAGGCCGACGUUGCCAUAGGAGUGGCGGUGGUACUAUUCUUCCAAUGCUUCGGUCCUACUACUGCCAUCACAGUUGCCCAGGCCGUGUUCGCAAGCACGUUAACGUCGGGAAUAAACUCCAAUGUCCCAGGGGUAGAUCCCGAAGCAAUUAGAAACUCGGGUGCAACUCAACUUAGAGACUUGGUAUCUCCGGACCAAUUUGGCACACUACUACAGGUAUAUAAUCAUGCCAUCACCAGGACAUUCAUAGUUGCUGCUGUCAUGGCCGCGGCGAGUGUCAUUGGCGUUGCUGGUGUCGGACUAAAGAAGAUUCCUGGGGAGGGUGACGAAAAGAAAGACGCCGAGGGCAAGUGA